UCUCCCCGGACCGUGCAUUCACUAUAUCUGGUCUCCCCGGGCCCUGCAUUCACUAUAUCUGGUCUCCCCAGGCCCUGCAUUCACUAUAUCUGGUCUCCCCGGACCCUGCAUUCACUAUAUCUGGUCUCCCCGGACCGUGCAUUCACUAUAUCUGGUCUCCCUGGGCCCUGCAUUCACUAUAUCUGGUCUCCCCGGGCCCUGCAUUCACUAUAUCUGGUCUCCCCGGACCGUGCAUUCACUAUAUCUGGUCUCCCCGGACCAUGUAUUUACUAUAUCUGGUCUCCCCGAACCAUGCAUUCACUAUAUCUGGUCUCCCCGGACCCUGCAUUCACUAUAUCUGGUCUCCCCGGACCAUGCAUUUACUAUAUCUGGUAUCCCCGGACCCUGCAUUCACUAUAUCUGGUCUCCCAGGACCCUGCAUUCACUAUGUCUGGUCUCCCACAGUACACAGAACAUGGAAAAGCAAUUAUUUUAAUAAAUAUAAAAUACAUUUUUCUCAUCAGUAGUUAAAGCAGUCUUGUGA